AUGGCUAAACCAGCAAGACUCCGGAGAAUUAGAAAUUACGGUGGGUCUCGUGCAACCAAUAAAGACGGGCCAUCCAUGUAUCCAAAAAAAAUAAACAAGAAACAAGCCUUUUUCUCGAUGGUACUUCUUGUGCAGGCACCUGAUCUACUCGCCAUGAACGGCAGAUAUUUCUAUUUCUUAGGUCUAUUUAAGGGUGGUGGUGAAACGCUUUUCGCUAUUCAUGUUAUAAUGUGUGUCUCAUGUACACUGACGGCACUUCUGCUCUAUUUGGGUACAAGAACGUCAUCUCCAUUAUUAUUAUUGCCACAUUUUAUUUGGCAGUGUACAUUUAUCGCCAUGUCAUUGAUCAUAUCAACUGUUCUUUUGAUACUAGGAUUUCGAGGCGACAUACUUCUACCAUCGAGUAUUGUUCUCAGUGCUAUGUUAAUAGUACCAGGUAAGAUUUAG